GGUCGGGACAUUCGGCAUUCGGCACGUGCCGCGUGCAACGUGACAACGGGACGUAUUUGCUUAGGAUUUUAGAAUAACAAUUCGUCAGCAGAAGGAUCAACGUGCGACGAUCGGUUAUGGCGUGCUCGCCCUACGUACGCUUGGCGGGAGACGCGGCAUACAGUUAAUGCAGUAAUAAAAAAUAUAUAUAUAUAUGUAUAUAUAUAUCUCGAGAUCUGCAGAUUUUUAGAGAAACGUUGUCGCACAUUCGUUGUACUUCUUAACUUUAGCGCUCUUAUCAACGAACACGAUGGCGGGAUCUGAUCUUGAAUCCUUAGCAUUCGAUCGCGUAUCCGCGCUCGCUCCAGCGCUUUUAAUCCUCGUUACGUGUCUCACGGUCUUCCACAGGCUAAAAGUGAGAUGGCCUGUAAUUGUGAAUUGCUGGUUCUGCAAUGAGAAUUCAAAGAUCUGGAGGCAACAUUUGAAUUGGUGGUUGUGCCCUUGGUGCGAGCAAUACAACGGCUUCUCCAAGAAUGGUGAUUAUGCGUACAAUAUCCCAGAACAAUAUGCAACGCCGAAUAUGUCUACAAGAUACUGCAGAUUGGUCGAACAGAGCGAUUCACGCAAUGUUUCCAAGAGUCAUCUCUGUGUAGAUUGUAACAAGCAAGAAAGUCUAAAAUUGUUGGAGUUAUCUAAUUUUGAACCGAAGAGUGAGAGACGCUACAAUGUCGAGCUGAAAGGAUUUAAGGAAUAUCUGGAGAACAAAUAUCCGCUGUGCGACAAUUGCAAAUUGACAGUACGGAACGUAUUGAGUAGGCAGGCAUUAUGGCUCACUCGUUACAAAAUGUUAUUUUUUCGGCAGAAACCGAUUAGGAUGCUUAUCGGUAAUUUCCAGAAAAGAAAAUUGGAAGCAAUUUCCCGAAUUAUUUCGACGAUCCUGAUCCCGAUUAUCGUAUACAAUCAUGACUCUGUAUGGUUGCCGAUCAGUGGAUUAUUCUUUCACUUGUGCGCUUGUUGGGCAAGUUCAGCAAAGGGGAAGAAAAUCGACGUAUUAUUGAUAUUUUUAUGGUUCUGCAUCAUUAUCUUUGUGUAUGUCAAAAAUUCAACUUUUCAAAAUGUCUGGCUUACGACGGAGCACAUCGUAUAUCAUCGCAUAAUAGAAGCAUGCGCAUUUAUUAUGGGUUUCUUGAGUGUAAAACCUAUUUCAUAUAAAAAUAAGUUAAUCGGUUCAGUUGCAUUGAAGAAGCUCAAGUUGCGUUCGCGAGCCGUUGUCGCACCUCAAUCCACAUUAGAGAAUUAUAGUGAAAGCAAAAACAACGUUUCUAAUGGAACAAUCAAUGCUGUUGAAUCAUCAGUCUGUAUAACAGGCGAAGUAUCUUCCACUGAAAUCAAAUCGCAUUCAGCAAUAUUGAGACAAAAGCUGUCUACGAUUACCGUUGCGGACAACAACAGCAACAAUAAUUAUAUAAAUUCCGUCUCUCAGAACAAGAACAGUCCGCUGCAGGGCUAUAGCUUGAACCACAGUCUGAGCACUCUCUUCCUAAGCGAGGACUCGCCAAGAUGCGGCAAGAAUACUGCGAAAGCGGCGCCGGCGAUCUUCGAGCGGAGAGUAUACAGUGCGACGAGCUCCGAGAAUCUGUUCAAAAAGUCUGGGUCCAAUAGGAGGUACGUUCUGUCGCCGCCAAAGCUCAGGUCGGUGACGCAGACCUCAUGGGUAGCUGGUGGUUACUGGCAAGAGAGCCAUAUGAUGACCGCGACGCCGCUGACGCUCUCACGAUCGUCUAGCCAGAGCUCCGGCUUCGGAUCGGCCGGUUCCUCCAAUUUUGCCCCUUCCCGCGAGCCGUCCGUGCACGAGCUCGAUCGCUGCUCCGUCGUCUCUGACGCUAUCCGGUGGUCGUAUCAUACGCCAUGUGCGAAUAAUUCGCCGCAGUUGUCGCGAGCCGAGGAACAGGAGAGAUACGUUCGCGAGGCGAACGUUGGCAAUCGGAGCGAUUUGACAUCGGCAUUUCCAAGUCAUAGCGCUACGACAACAACAACGAUCGUCGCGAGCUCCGGCUGGCUCUCCGUGCUGCUCUGCGGCUCGCUGAUAUUGAACAUGAUAGUGCUGUGCGCUACAUUAUUACGUUAACGAGUCGCCGCGUUGUGCCGGGUUGUUGUGUGUUCACUGUAAUUUUUACAAUUGUUAUACAGGAUGAUCCUUAAGUAUAUUCCGAAAAUUAAAGAAAUAAUUCCUUAGAAUUACUUCUUUGAUUUUCGGAACAUACUUGAGGACCACUCUGUAUAUAGCUAUUAAUGUGAUCGUUAACGCUAAUUUAAUCCUCGAGUAUUCGCCGAGUCCGAUCGGUCAAUCCGACUUGAGAGAUGUUUUCUUCUCAUUUUUCUUCGCGUAUAAUUUUACACAAUAAGAUUCCAUAAAUUUUGAAGAUUCAAUCUCUCGAGUCUGAUAAGUGAUACGUAUCUUUUCACCAUGCGAAUACUUUGAGAUGAAACAAUUACACUACUGCCAAUUAAAAGAAGACAAGCGCAAUUUUCUGCGCGUCAAGUACUGUUACACUGACGUUACACACUGCCGAUGUACUUGCUACAGAUACUUGCUUCAACAUAUCCGCCAGUCUUCACUCUAUCUUGCAAAUGUGUAUAAACACAUCCGCGUAUUCUCGUUAAAGUUGAAAUACGCGGGAGAUAUUUGCUCAUCUCAUUCUCUUUAACAUAUAAUUUUUAUUCUCCCUCCUCAUUCCAAAAAAAAUAUCUCAGAAUACAUUAUUUUCAUUUGUAUUAAUGUAUAUAUUUUAAUGUGGCGUAACAUUUUUUCUCAUGAUAAAUAAAAUUGUAAAAAAUUAGUUGGGGAAAAAAUGCGAUGUGCAAAUAUUUUCUUACGCGCAGUAAUUAUUACUUUAGUGAAAGAUGUACGUAUAUUGAUCUUUAAAGAUAAAGAAAUAAGGAUAUUUGUUUAAGCGUUGAAGAUUUCCCGUUUUCUAUACGUACUUGUUAUUUAUCGAUGAAACCGAUUGUGCACGCACUGCCGAAAACAGAAAAAAUUUCGUAUGUGAAAAGAAAAAAAAAAGAAAAUGCGCUCUAUCGACAGGCACAUGUGAUACAUCUGCCUGUUCUUAGCUGACGGACUAGGAAAACUUGUUGUAAUAAUGUUACUUAUAUUGUAUUCCGAUUAUUGUACGUUUUGAUAUGUACGAUAUUGUACAAUUGUAUCGAGACGAGAAUAAAACAGUAACUCUUUUACAAUAGUUUUCGGAAGACGUGUCCAUUUUUAGUUUUAUUCGUACGAGGAAGAUAAUCCUGUCCAAAUCCCCUUGACAAGAUAUGCAGAAGAAAAAGAAAGAUGAUCUUACAAGUGCGAAAAUAUAACACGUAGAUCGUGAUCGAGAGAGAUGAUAUAUUCCUAUUUCUCUCAAAAAGUUGGACUUUCAAUAUCGUCCGCGUAGGAUGAUUAAAUUUAGGACGUUACUAAUAAAGAGAUGUUUUAUGUAUAAUAUACUUUAUUGUGUGUGUUACUUUAUAAAUAUAUUUUUUUCGGAGAUUACUUCGCCGAGAUAGAGUACGACGGUGCGACAAUAAAUAAAUAGGUAAAUACAAUCGUUUAAUGAGAUUUUUUUCUGCGUUCUUCUUUCUUUUUUUUCAAUGUAAGCAUUCUCAUCUCUCGAUAAAAUCGAAUAUUAAUCAUAAUAUCUUAAAAUUACAUUCUUUAAUCCGAGGAGAAUAUUGUAUUACAAUAUAUAUAUAGUACCUUGUAGCUACAGCCUCUCUUCUACACCCUGCAUACAAAUCUACUACCACCUAGAGUCUAGGAAAAUGUUUAGAAUUGCAUCUAUGCGUUUUUAUUUGUUUUCUAUCUCGUUAGCUAUGCGUUCUGUUUCAGAUGAGGUAGAUCUGAACUCGAUCUAUUGAGAUGCGGGAAGGAAAUAUAUCGCGUGUGAUGGAUUCACACGAAACUGUCUUCGGAAAUCUGUGCUGUAAAUCUAAAGAAUCUAUUCUCUGAAUUGUCUCACAAUGAAACGAGAAAUGCGACGAUUUAUCUCUUUUCUUUUUCUUUAUCUCAAUUUUUAUUUUGUUCGCUCUCAUCGUAGAGACAAAGAAACAGGUUGUAGAUCGACCUCCUCUUCAACAGUAACUGACUGCGCGUGCACAUAAAAUCGUUACAAUUCGCCUACUUGACUUUGCAGUAAAUAAGUGCAGUGUUUCGAACACACGCCCAAGAUAUUAGGAAAAUAAUAACGCUAAUAGCUUUUAUCGUGUCUUCCCCGCGCUCGUCAAAUCCGUCGGCCCCGACAUCCUGGUGCUCUUACAUUAUCGCACGUUACAUAUUGUAAUAACGGAAUCGAUCAUGAUUAUCACAAGAAUCUCUCGGCGGCGAUAUCUACACAAUUCUUACACAAAUUCUUUCAGUUCUUCAGACUUAUAAGCGAGAGAAAAAGGAAAUGAGUGACAGAAGAAUUGGGAGAAUCGAGAAUUAAUUUUAUUCUUCUUAACGACGGAGGAAAGGUGAGAGAAACAAAGAUGGGAGGGGAAACAGCACGAUGAACCACGUUACAUUAGCUCUCGAUUCGGGAAAAUACAUUCAUCGGUUAGGCAUCUAAAGAGGACGCGCCUUAGAGAGAAGAGAUGUUAACACUAUAUAAAUGUGUAUUAUUAUAUCUGCGAUAAAUACAAUCGUGCACUAAGAAACGCUCCCUUCCGCCUCCGCCUUGUUCGUUUAAUCGCGAAAUUAAUGUGAACGGUGUUACAAGAGCGCGGUUUGCACGUGAUACAUACAUAUAUAUAUAUGUAUAUAUAUAUAAUAUAUCGUAUAAUAUUUACAUAUAGAUCCGACACAAAAAUAUUUAGUUCAACGAUAAUUGCACCCGCGCAAUGCACCACACACACACACACACACACACACACACACGCACACACACUCUUUGUUGUCGGUUAUUUUCUCGCUUAUGUAUUAUAGCAAAAGAAAAAACGCAGCUCCUUGCUCUCGAUACAGUUACAUAUCACAAAAGUUAAGGAAAGAUAAAGAGGGGGAGGGAGAGGGGCAGGAGCAGGAAGUAUGUGGCGAAAAAAAAAAAUAUAUAUAUAUAUAUAACUUUUGCGUAAAGUUAAAAAAAAUUAUCCGUUUCUUCUCUGAAGAGAGGAUCUUUUCAAGAGCGAUAAUGAAUGCAAGAUUGUAAAAUGUCAUGUAAGAGAGAAAAAUGCACGAGUAUGCGUAAGAGGCCAUGCCAAAUUUGUAUCUUAUCUCGAUUAACGAUACUGUCGAGAGUAUCGCGUGUGCGAUUCUAGAAACCUUGAGAAGAACAGAUAUACAAGUGACAUAAGUUUUACGUGUAAACCGGACAUAUAUAUAAAAGAUAAUGCGAGAAUUAAAUUAGGUUUAAAAAAAAAACGAGCGUGAAAUUUUUCGAUGGGAGAGCUAUUUUUCUCUUCUUUCUUCAGAAACGUAAUAAUAAAGUAAACCUUAGGGUUGGCUCUCUCGCAAUCGGAUAAUUCAGGGCAUAUGAGAUGAAGGGAAGAGGGACUUCCAAGGUUUCUCUCAACACUGUGCGUUUCGCAAAGAUCGCUUUUAAUCAUUAGUGCAAGAAAAAAAGAGCCUUUUGCAAGAUUAGAAAUAGUCGGCGAAAAAGUGCGAAGUAAACGAUGGAUUAGUUUCUUCCUGUCCCUCCGAAAAGUUCCUCAUAAAUUUCUCUCGUUCUAAUAACGCGCGCGCACAUGCAUACAUACACAUAUACAUACUGGCUCUGAAACGGGAACGCUCUGGAGAAGCAAUUCUACGCUUGACAUGCUUGGUCAAGCGUGCCCUCCGGCGAGAGAGCCUUCUUAUCAGUUAUGCGGAGAGAAAGAGAAAAAGAGGGAGAGAGAGAAAGACUUCUUACGAUUAUGACAAUACUCGUGUGUAAGCCAUAAUUACAUUUACAUUCGCUCUCGAAGCCGCAUGUCCGAUCGUCUUUUUAAUCAGGUGGAUUCUGAAUUAAAGGCGUCUUAAGUAUUCUUUGCUUCUUUCAAGAUAACGAGGAUUGGGACACGAUUCUUCAACGGUAUUCGUUUUCUUCUUUUCUUUUCUCUUUUUUUCGAGAGAGAAAUAGCGAUGCAAAUAGAAACACACUGAUCAAUGUAAAAAAUAUUCCGAGAGAAACUUCUUCGCGCACUCGUUAGAUUGAGAAACACUCGCUUUAUUAUCGAAUCACCAUUAUCAUCAUCAUCGUCAUGCAUAUAUGUGACACAUUUUAAAUUAAAUAAUUUAUAAAAAUUACCUAUUUACACAUCGACAGGACAUGCAGCGCUCGCGUAUAUACAAAAUGUUCGGUAAUAACCGCGUCAUCUCGCGUGUGCAAGUAGAGCGGGUGAAACCGAGUAGAAAAGUCUCAUCCGUGGUUUUGCGAUUUUUGCAAUAAUUAAUGAGAAAUUAAUUUUAAAAAACUGCAAAAUGGUAGAGGACUUCUACUCGCUCUACCUGCACUACAGUUAUUACCGUACAUUCUGUAUAUGUAACUUAAUGCACUCUUAUCUUAUAUAUACCUAAGCACAUGCUUGCUUCGA